AUGCAACUCUCAACCAUCAUCAGCUUGGCCGCCGGCGCCGCUCUCACUCAAGCUGCACCACUUCAAAGCCGCACCAACUACGCCAAUGUAGUCUUCCACGGCGCCGCAGAUGCAGCCUACUCUCUUUCCGUUCCUCUUGACGGAACCUUGACCAACACUGGCAACGUUCUCUCGAUCUCCUCCGUCUCUUCCUACGACGUCAACGUCGCCACCGAGUGUACCCUUCACACAGUCGACUACCCACCCGCACUCGUCGAAGGCCCAGCCAACACCUGGGUCGUUGGUCCCCCACAGACCGUAAACUCCAUCUCUUGCACCAAGGGCACCACACCACCCCAACCUCCACGAUCAGCAUCCAUCGUCAUCGAGUUCGAUGGCGCGGAUCCAGACAAGGGAGCUUUCUACAAGGUUACCGUCCCUCUUGAUGGAUCCGUCGUCCCAACCAACAAUGUUCUGAGCAUCUCGACUCUUGUCUCUAACUUUGAUGCCUUGGCUACCAACUGCAACUUUGUUUACGUUGAUGGCUCUGCUGCGCUUGCUCGAUUGAGCGCUGACAGAUGGGCUGUUGGACCUCCUCAGACUAUCAUCAGUGUUUCUUGCCACGCAUAA